AUGGACGAAGUGUUCCUGUGGCUCUGGAUCCUUACUCAUUCCAGUAGAAGAACAGGGACAGUUCCUAAGAUUAAAAGCCAUAGUUGUGUUAGUUCAGAGGGAAAGAUCAAAGCUCCUAUGUGGAUUUGGUGGAUUUUCCUAGCCCUGGGCCUCUUCCUUUCCCUCCCCUUCCUGCCCUCCUCAUGCAGCGACCCUAAAGAUAAGGUCCAGAGUAAAGCUGUUGCUCAGGGAGGGGCCGUGUCAGUCCAGAAAUCAGAUGGACUCUGGUUUCUCCAGCCUGUCCAGCAAAGUGGAGGUGCUUCCAGCCAAAAAGAAGUUAAUGAGCCCUGCAGGCACUUUGGUCUGACUGCAGGCAAGCAGGAGUUCUGUUCCCAGAUUCACAUUUAUGUUUCCAUGGUGGUACCACCAAACAUAGCAGAACUGAAGAAUUUGGAAAUGCUCAGCUUUUUAAAUAACCAGAUCAAGGAGCUGCCCACACAGAUCAGCAGCCAUCAAAAACUCAAACACCUGAACCUUGGCAUGAACAGGCUGAACACUUUGCCACGAGGCUUCAGCUCCCUGCCAGCUCUUGAGGUUCUGGACUUGACUUACAACAACUUGAACGAAAAUUGUCUUCCUGGAAACUUCUUCUACCUGACCACCCUGUGUGCACUCUAUCUGAGUGACAACAAUUUUGAAAUCCUGCCACCAGAUAUUGGGAAGCUCACAAAGAUGCAGACACUCAACAAUAGGGAUAACAACCUGAUCUCACUGCCUAAGGAAAUCAGGGAGCUUACCCAGCUUAAAGAGGUCCACAUUCAGGGGAACCGCCUCCCCACUCUGCCCCCGGAGCUAGUGGCUGCCCCCCUGAGCCUGGAAAACAGGGAAUGUGGAGGAAGCUGCCCAUCCCACCCACAGGUCCACUGGAUUGGACACCAGCUCCUUUCUCCACAGGAGCCUCCUGAAGACUUCAGAAGCAGACUCCGGAAAAGCAUAUACUCUGAUUUCCCUUCAUAUUCCCUGCUUCACUCUCCAAGAGGAAGAGGGAAGGGGCCCUCUCACCCUGACUCUGGCCUUCAGGAUGUCACAAGGCCGCAGAGCCGCCCUGGCCUUCGGCGAGGACUUGGGCGAGUGCGGUGCACGCUGCUCCAGAGUCCCACCGCGGAAGUUGAGGCCGCGGAUUCCGAGGGCGGGGUGGAGCGGGUUCGGUAA